AUGGGGUUUCGAGAUAUGCAUUGUUUCAAUCUUGCGCUAUUAGCCAAGCAAGGGUGGAGGUUGGUACAAAAACCGAAUACAUUGAUCGCACAGUUGUUGAAAGCAAAGUAUUUCCCUACUUGCUCCUUCAUGGAGGCGGAGUUAAAAAAAGGUGCUUCCUAUACGUGGCGUAGCAUCAUAGCGGGACGAGCAGUAUUACAAAAGGGUAUGAGGAUUCAGGUGGGUGAUGGUGCUACUAUUUCUCUUUGGGAUGACCCAUGGGUUCCGGUUCCAUAUUCUUUUCGUCCGUUCUCUACUGUGAUGGAAGGGACCGAGUCCUGGAGGGUUGCGGAUGUUAUUGAUUAUGAAGAUAAAGAAUGGUUGACUGAUGUUUUGGGGGAGUUAUUUACUAGGGGAGAAGUUGCCACAAUUGCUUCUAUUCCAUUGAACUGCGUCCUCGUCGGCGUCGGAGCAGGGAGGACCCCUGAGGACAUAUUGGACCAAAAUCUGGAUGUUGCAUGUGUGUUUUGUAAGUCCACCAAUGAGUCAAGCUUGCAUGUAUUUAAAGAAUGUGAUGCUCUCCAAUGCUUUUGGAGGUUGGGCCCACUGAAAUUGAAAGCAAAGGAACAGGCAGCUGGGGACUUGAAGAAUUGGUUAUUUGACGUUUUGGAUAUGUUGAAUAGUAAUCAGGUUGAUUUCUUCUUCAUGGCCCUUUGGUCUGUGUGGACUGAAAGGAAUAAAAUAGUGUGGAAUGAUGGUUGCUUCCAACCUAUGCACAUGAUACAGUGGUGUACUAGCAGUUUGGAAGAGUUCCAGAAAUAUCAUCAGAAAGUUGCUUGUAAAAAGAAGAGGCCAUUAACAAAAUGGCAGUGUCCCCCUCGGGGUAGACUUAAAAUUAAUAUUGACGGAGCUUUUCAAGUGGACAGUGGUGUUGGAGGUAUUGGGGUAGUGGUCAGAGAUGACUUGGGCACGGGUAUUGCCGCUAUUGCUAGGCCUUUUUUGCAUGCUCACUCAGCGAUUAAUAUGGAAGCUGAGGCGUGCAGAGCGGGUCUUCUGCUUGGUAUUCACCAAGGUUGGUCGGAUGUAGUUAUUGAGAGCGACUCUGCCCUUCUGAUUGCUGCACUCAAGAGUGAAGAGGAUAAUUUCUCAGAGCACGGGGUUCAGGUUUUAUGUCCCCCCGUUGCAAAGUUCUAA